UAAAAGCUAGAAGUGAUGUUUGUCCCCUUUCUAUUGGAUUCUGAUUUGCAGUGCUAUCAGAGGAGUGGCACUAAUCGUUGCUUGGCAGAGAUGGAUGAGGCAAUGCGCUCCUUCGCAGAAAAGGUCUUUGCCUCUGAGGUGAAAGACGAGGAGAUCAGGCAAGAGAUCUCUCCGUUUGAUGUAGAAGAGGUCUGCCCCAUCUCACGCCAGGAAAUGAGAGCGCACAUGAUGCUUCAGGAGAAGUCUGUCACAGCAGAAAAGCGGAAGAAGCGCCUGCUCCGCCUGAAGACAAUUGCAUUGGCAGUCCCUGUGGCUCAGAAGUCUAUAACCAGACUGUCCACUAUUGAUGAGGUCAUCUCUACCUCCCCCCUGUACCAGACUGUGCCUGACUUCCAGCGGGUACAGAUCACAGGGGAUUAUGCCUCUGGGGUGACAGUUGAAGAUUUUGAAGUUGUCUGCAAAGGCCUGUACCGUGCCCUGUGCAUCCGGGAGAAAUACAUGCAGCAGUCUGUGCAGAGGUUCCCCAGGACCCCAUCUCAGUACCUGCGUGCUAUCGAAGGCGAGGUCUGGCAAGCGAGUGACACUGGCCCAGUGUUCACACCACCUGUGAAGGAUGGAGAGGAUCCCUUUGAAACUGGGAAUCUUGCUGAGGACCUGGGAUACCACGUUCAGAUGAAGGAUGGGGUAGUUUACAUCUAUGGAGACAAAGCAGCAGCUGGCAGAAACGAGCCAAAGGACCUGCCCUACCCCAAUCUUGAGCACUUCGUUGAUGACAUGAACUUCCUCUUGGCCCUGAUUGCACAGGGACCUGUUAAGACCUACGCUCAUCGGCGCCUAAAGUUCCUCUCAUCCAAGUUCCAAGUGCAUGAAAUGCUAAAUGAGAUGGAGGAGAUGAAAGAGCUGAAGAACAACCCCCACCGGGACUUCUACAACUGCCGGAAGGUGGACACGCACAUCCAUGCUGCAGCCUGCAUGAACCAGAAGCAUCUUCUGCGAUUCAUCAAGAAAUCAUACUGUGUGGAUGCUGACCGUGUAGUUUACAACGCCAAGGGCAAACAGCUCACCCUGAAACAGCUUUUCCAGCAGCUCAAUCUGCACCCCUAUGACCUGACAGUGGAUUCCCUGGAUGUCCAUGCUGGGCGGCAGACGUUUCAGCGCUUUGACAAGUUCAAUGACAAGUACAACCCUGUGGGUGCCAGCGAGCUGCGUGACCUCUACCUGAAGACGGAGAAUGCUAUUGAUGGCGAGUACUUUGCUACCAUCAUCAAGGAGGUUGGCUCUGAUCUGGAGGAUGCCAAGUACCAGCACGCGGAGCCUCGCCUCUCAAUCUAUGGGCGAUCAGCGGAGGAGUGGCCCAAGCUAGCCAGCUGGUUCAACAGACAUCGGGUGUAUUCCCCCAACAUGAAGUGGAUGAUCCAAGUACCCAGGAUUUAUGAUGUGUUCAGGUCUAAGAAUUUCCUCCCACACUUUGGGAAGAUGCUGGAAAACAUCUUUGUUCCUGUGUUUGAGGCAACGGUCAAUCCUCGAGCCCACAAAGAGCUGAGUGUCUUUCUACACCAUAUCACUGGCUUCGACAGCGUGGAUGAUGAAUCCAAGCACAGCGGACACAUGUUCUGCACUAAAAGUCCAAAGCCAGAGCAGUGGACUUCUGAGAAGAACCCAUCCUACACCUACUAUGUAUACUAUAUGUAUGCCAACAUCCUGGUGCUUAACAACCUGCGCAGGCAGCGUGGUAUGAACACGUUCCUCUUCCGUCCACACUGUGGGGAAGCCGGGGCCAUCACACAUCUGCUUGCAGCCUUCAUGACAGCAGAUAAUAUCUCCCAUGGUCUCAACCUCAAGAAGAGCCCGGUGUUGCAGUAUCUGUACUUCCUUGCCCAAAUUCCCAUUGCUAUGUCCCCACUCAGCAACAACAGCCUCUUCCUGGAGUAUGCAAAGAAUCCAUUGCCUGACUUCCACCAGAAGGGCCUCAUGGUGUCCCUUUCUACAGAUGACCCCAUGCAGUUUCACUACACCAAGCAGCAUGCCCUGAUGGAGGAGUACGCCAUUGCCGCCCAGGUCUUCAAGCUCAGCACCUGUGACAUGUGUGAAAUUGCCAGAAACAGCGUCCUGCAGUGCGGCCUGUCCCACCAGGUUGUGCUAGCAGGCAGUCCUUGCAGAGCUGACACCCAGGGGCUCUUGGACACCACUGGGUGCUUUGGAGUCACGUGCCAGCUUGAUGUGUGCAGGACACGGGUGGACCUGGACAAGGCUGGGGAUGGGGUGUUUGUAAGCACAUUGGCACUUGCCAUGCACCCAACAGGGUCAGUGGAUGGUAGCUUCUCCCGCUCUGCUGUGCAGACCCUCUCCCGGAGCCACUGCCGCAACAUCAAACAGAAGAUCUCCCAGUGGGAGGGGAGGACACGAGGAUGCUCCAGCAAGGAGAAACAGCAGCUAAAGGACUUCGGAGUAAGGUAUGAUCCCAGCUGCGACGCUCUACCUAAAGCGAAGCCAGAACAUACAGAGGGCAGAAAGACUGGGUCCAAAGAUCCAAAGAGCCUGGGUUUGGACUUCAGGGAAGAUACACAGAGCUGCUUGCAGGCUGAUGACUGUGGUGACCUCAAGCCCUGUGCCUGCAGCCUGGCUUCCCAAGCCAAGGAGAAGGGAGAGUGGCAAGCAGGCUUCCUGGACCCAGGCGUGACACUGCCCCCGGGGAACUUCUAUACCUCACAAGCUCUGUGGAGGAGAAUAGAUCCCCUUCUGCCUGGCAAAGCCCCACCACUUCCCUCGGACCUUCACAGGAAGCGAGGGAGCUGUGGCUCUGCAGAAAGAGAACUUAAAAUCAAAGGAGUGGACACUCUCUGCAGGACAGAGGGGAGCUUAAGAAACAUUUAUGCUGAGGCUGAGGGGCAAGAGGAGGAGCCAGCUGCUGUCCCACCACCCAAGCCCCGUAGGACUUUCCGCUAUCUUGCAGAAAAUGGUGCUAGUAGCUGUAGCGAAGCCAGUGCUGCCAGGAAAGCUCCCCUGCAAAAGCAGCAUGAAGGAGACUUGGUGUCGUCCUCCAACAAUCCUGAGAAGAGACUAGCCAGCAAGAAGAUCAGAGGGAGAACCCAGAGGAAAUCUUUUGAGUUUGAGGACAUCCAGGGCUUCCGCAACCAGAUGGCAACUACCAACUCCCACAGACUUCGAGAAGAGACAAACGGCACUACAAGAUCCAGGCUUGUCUACACACAGUCAGAAGACAACAUCUACGAGGACAUUAUCUGUCCUGCAAAAGAGAACCCCUAUGAAGAUAUCAGAGCGCUGCCCUUACCCCUGUGGAAGGUCCCAUCCGUCUCAAAGCUACCACCCCCUCGAAGCACCAGUAGGGCUCCCAAGCCUCCCCCAAAACCUCCCUUCCUCAGUCGCAAGACUCUUGAGCUAAAGACCUCCCAGAAAAGUUUCCAAAGGAAAAUGGUAAAGGACACAACCAUGCCUGUCACACUGACCGAGUGGAAGCUGUUCCGAGUAGUAGAGGCUGCUAGCAGGAGAAAGAACUUGCCCUGGCUGGUACUAAAAAUACAGGAGAUCUUUGAUUCUAAGCGUGGAAAGAAGAGGGUGAAGUUGCCUAGUCCUGCUGGGAGAGAAGCGCCGCCAGUGAAAGGUGAAACCAGUGGGAAUGAAAGCGAUACGGAAAAUCAGCCAAAAAGUCGGCAGAGGUGCCAGCUGCAGGUACAGUCAGCCUCCAAGAGGAACUCACGCUACCAGACCCUGGAGAGGGAUUUGAUAGAGCUUCAGGAGCAGCGGCUAUUUGAGCUGUUUGUGGUGGUGUCGCUGCACAAGAAGGCAUCUGAGAUGACGUACACACCACAGAUCAUACAGCAGUUUCCCAGCAAGCCUGAACAUCCCUUCAGACAGUCAAAGGAUACUGAGGAGAGGCUAAAGGUCAUUCCCAGAUUCUGCUUUCCAGAUCCCAAAGACUGGUUUCCUGCAUCAGACCUUAAAAGUGAAACAUUUUCUUUUGUGUUGACGGGUGAGGAUGGCGGACGCUGGUUUGGGUACUGCAAGAAGCUCCUGCCGGAGGGGAAAGGGAAGCGCCUUCCAGAGGUAUACUGCAUCGUUAGCCGCCUGGGCUGCUUCAACCUCUUCUCCAAGAUUUUAGAUGAAGUGGAGAAGAGGCGAGAGAUGUCCCCAGCCCUGGUACACCCAUUUAUGCGUAGUGUAAUGGAGGCGCCCUUCCCUGCUCCUGGACGCACGAUUACUGUGAGGAGUUUCCUGCCAGGAGCAGGAAAUGAGGUGAUGGAACUCCGCCGUCCGUUGGAUUCUCGACUCGAACAUGUUGACUUUGAAUGUCUGUUUAAUUGUCUAAGUGUCUCUCACACAAUUCGGGUCUUCGCCUCUCUCCUGCUGGAAAGGAGGGUGAUCUUUGUUGCUGACAACUUAAGCUCCAGGACCUGCCCGUAGAAGAGGUUCUGAUUGUUGAUCUUUGUGCUGACAAGUUCUUGCAAGAGGUAUCAGAUGAAGAUGAGAUCCUGCCUCAUAAACUCCAGGCUGCACUUGU